GUCUCUGGGCCAUUAGUGAGCUAGUGGCUGCAGUGAGCACUCAUCCCUUGGAGCCUCUCCUGUCAAAACGUUGCCGCUGCGCGCGAGAUUAUAUUCCGCCGUUAUCUGAACAACAUUCCUGACCACGUUUUUAGGUUUUUGCCUCUGUGGACCCUCUUGUUGUAAGGCGGGUCAUAUAGCCACGUCUGGAGGCUGUUAGUGCGUUCGACAGUGCUUCGCUGAGUUGGUGAAGUAUUUUUGUAUCUGUGUAUCACAAGUGUGUUCAGUGAGGAACCGGGACGAUGGAAGGAUCCGAAGAACACUCGUCUGUCCUCAUGAGUGAGGACAAGUCCAUAAAUGAGACGGACGUGAAGACGUCUCUCACACACGUCCAAACAGAUGACGACGAUCCUGACAAGUUCAAGUUCUCUCUUCAGGACUCCGGCGGCGGCUUCGACGAGGCCCUGGAGCUGGCCGGGUCCUGGGGCACUUGGCAGAAGUUGGUGUUUGUGAUAGCUGACUUCUCGCAGGUGAUCUGUUCCAUGCACGCCGUUUCCUCGGCGUUCCUGAGCUUCACGCCCGAACACUGGUGUCGGGUUCCUGGCCUGGACGACGUUGUAGGAGACCUGGACGAGGCUUCCAUCUCGGCCCUUCACCUCAGGAACGUCUCUAUCCCCUGGAGCGCCAAGACGGGCUACGACAAGUGCCAGUACUACGACCACAACUACACAGCGGUGAUGCCGGACCUGGUCGGUGGAGAGGGCGCCGCCGCCCGUCACCUCGUCACCAACGCUCCGACCGUCGCCUGUGACUCCUGGGUGUUUGAUCCCUCAGUCUUCCAGUCUACUUUAGUCUCUGAGUUCUCGCUGGUGUGUAGUCGUCGCUGGAUGAUGGCCACCGUCCAGGCCUCCUACAUGAGCGGUCUCCUCGUGGGUUCCCUCGUCAUGGGUCAGCUCUCAGACAGGUACGGUCGCCGCACCAUGGCUGUGCUGUGUGCUGUGGCUGCAGCGCUGGUCGGCACUGCGGCCAGCUUCGUCAGCACCUACAUGCAGUUUUUGGCACUUCGCUUCGUCAUUGCCUUCCUCUGUGCUGGCCUGAUGGUCAUAACUUUCGUUCUGGUGAUGGAGGUAGUGAAGCCCGAGGCGCGGACGAUGACUGGAAUGAUGUAUGCAUUUUUCUUCGGUAUGGGCAUCGCCAUCCUCCCGGGCAUGGCCUACUUCAUCAGGAGCUGGCGGUACCUGGAGCUGGCUAUUGGUCUGUCCUCAUUCAUCCUCGUUGCUUACUACUGGAUCCUGCCGGAGUCUCCGAGGUGGCUCGCAUCUCAGGGGAGGUUCCCAGAAGCGCUGAAAAUCCUGAAGGACGUCGCUCGGAGGAACGGGAAGGAGCUGCCCUCUGACGAGCUCGUCUUGAAGCUCAUCUCCCGAGCCCACACCAAGGAAGAUGAGGCGACGGCCACACAAUCCUCCAAGUGGUACAGUGGUAUUAUCAACUCUAUGCGCGCCCAGUUCACCCUAGUUCGAACCCCGGUGAUGCGUCGAAGAUGCAUGAUAUCCUUCUUCUUGUGGUUCGUGGCAGCCAGCGUCUACUACGGCCUCAUCUUCUCCGGAGCCAACAUUAAGGCCGAUCCCUUCCUCAUGAUCUUCAUAUCCGGGUUGGUCGAGCUGCCCUCAGCCAUUGUCUUCAUCUCCCCGCUGGAUAGGUUUGGGCGCCGGCCGACCAUGUGUGGGCUGUUUGUAGCUUGUAGCGCCUGUCUGCUGGCCAUCCUGGCUGUACCCGAGGACCAGAUCUACGUGAACUUCUUCCUGGUGAGCUUUGGCAAGUUCUUCACCACGGCGGUGUUCCAGCUGCAGUACCUCUACACCGGGGAACUGAUGCCCACUAAGGUCCGCAACAUAGCGGUGGGGUCCAGCUCCAUGAUGGCCAGGAUUGGUUGUAUCAUCACCCCCUACAUCAUCACAUUACUUGGCGACGUCCACUACGUUCUCCCUUCAACACUCUUCGGCAUCUUGUCUCUGGUUGCUGGCCUCCUGACCCUCCUCCUCCCGGAGACCAACCACAUGCCCCUCCCGGAGACCGUCGAGGAGGUCGAGGCCAUGUCCAAGUAGCAGGUGCCGGUAAGAGGAGACGGUAAUACCUGAGAAGCAGCAGCAAGGAACGGAGGAGAAGAGGGCUACAACGGGGCGACAGUCGCCAUGGUCGAAGUCAAGAGAAGAUAGACAUAAAAGCGGUAGGAAGGCGGAAGGUGACGGCCAUGCCCGGAAAAGCUGAUGGUGUUGUGGCAUUGCCCAAAAGCACGUUGGAUGUUGGUUUGAUGCUGGUGUUAGUGCCUUUCAACCUCUUGCAGGUUAUGGCUGCCACAGUUGCUUACUGACCAACCAGCUAAUAUAUAGCCCAAGACUAAAGUAAACGCAGUGUAUAUACUCCGAGAAACGGGUGACACCUCUAUGUAUCCCUGUGUUGAAGUGCUUUUUCAUACUGAUAAUUUAGAUACAAGUGACAGAAAGUUACUGGUUAUCUUACGGCUCGGAUGAGAAGGUCUUGUAUAAGAAUAUGUGAUAAAAUACGGGAACUAAACAAAUAGGGAUCAAAAGGACCUGCAACCCACGGAAAAAUUACAUCAGGCGGUGCGCACUGGCAAGGAGAAACUGACGCCUAAACCCAUUCAGUAUUUUAACCUGAAAACAUAAAUUAUUUCACCUAAUACAAAGUUUUCAAAGUUGCAGAGUCCUUUCUUUUGAUCAUAAAUUUAAGAAGAAAAACUAAUUGGUUAGAAUAAGACACUCAUUCCGCAAAUUUGAAAAUAAUGGAAGUGUCAACAUUUUGGGUCAUUCUGGACCAAUAUCAAAUCGACUUGAUAAUGGUCCAGGACGGACCGAAACAUCGUCACUUCUAAUAUUUUCAGAUGUGGUGGGUUGAGUGUCUAAUCUUCAGCCCAGUUAUUGUGACUUGCAGUCUACACAUGGGUUAGAAUGAGCUAUGAAAGGUGUUUUCAGCCAGCAGGGUGAGGUGCAUUGACCUCUUGUUGGCAUAUUUUUGAAAUGUCUGUGAUUCACAUUAGGCUUCUCGGGGGGCCAGGAGACUGAACUAGGUAUUAGGUUAAUAACUGUACUGAUUUACUUAUAAACAUAGAGACUAAACCAUAAUUCAGGUAGUUUUUCAUUGUAAUUUCUCUCAUUCGAAAAAAUAAUAAUAAAUCUAGCAUUUACAAUAAUACAAUUUUGUACAAAAAGGGGGGGUAACACCACUGGUGCAAUUAUAGGGACCCACAACCUCAGAGAAGGGAACACAGAGCAUUCAGGGAAAAACUUGCCAUUUAACUCUGAAUACGUAAGAGUGUUCGCUUCUCCUACCACCCCCCUUUGUAUAUAAUGUAUUUUCAUUACUAAGCAGAUUACAGUGAAACGAAUGCACAUCAGUCUCUGUAAUGUUAACGAUAAUUAAUAAUUUUAAUAUAAAUAGUAGUGCAAAUCAGACCAAUUAUGAGGGUAUAAUCUUGUAUAAAUUUUAGAAAAAUAUCUAAAGUUUUAUAUUGCAUCUUAGUUGCUGGCUUCAUAAGAGCAAAUUACCAUUCAGCCUGCCAAUUAUAAGGAUCCCCAAUUAUAAGGAUCAAUUAUCAUGUGGUAAUUGGUAAGGAUCAAUUAUCAUAUGAUAAUUGUGGAAUUAUCUAUAUAGUCGUCAUGGCUUGGCGCUUUCCCUUGAUAAUUUUCUCCUUCCCUGCCAAUUACCAUGCAGCCGUUCUCGUAAGCGUUCCCAACGUCAAGAAACUGUCGUACGACAAUUAUCUGAGGCUUGCCAAUUCGCACAUUGCACCAUGCGGCCUCUAACUCGCAAUAAACCUUUAUAUUUAUUUGAUUUUACUAAUGCUGGCUCAAAUAUAUUUAAUUUAACAAUAAUUUAUAUAUAAGAAAAGCAAGAAGACCCAAAUAUUUUUUAAUUAAAAUGAAUACCUCUUGGUAUUAAAUUAAUACCUAAAAUUGGUAGCUCUUUUCAACUCAACAGCCCCACACUCCCGUUUUACAGUGAAUAAAAUACAUUGGUUCGGCACAUUGUAUUUGUCAAAAUAUAUUAUUUUAUUAUAAAAAUGGAUGUUUUUGCUCUAAAAUCGAGACGAUAGCUGGCACCACAACGAAGUGGGUGGAGCCUAAUGUGACUAGGUGCCAAACCCGUACCCUGGCAAAUAAUAUUUCCUCAGUCUUUUCCUAAUAUGCGCAGCACCUAGUCCAUAAACAGUCACACACAAGUAUUGAUUCAGAAUAGUCAUCUUAUUGCACAGGGAAGGGAAACUCAGUUAUUUAACCGGAAGCGUUGCGAAGCAUUAUCACUUAUACUAAUAUAUAAUCUUAUGCUACUGCCACUAAAUGAGUUAAAUCCUGGAACUGUAUUUUUCACUAAAACAGUUUCGUUCUAUGAUCUGUCCUCACUCCUUCCCCUCACCUGCAAGGUAAGAGUAUCUGUAUAUGCAUCUCUCAGUGCUCGGCUCAACACGUAUACAAAAAAAUACCUUCCUGUUAUCUACUUCGUUGCCAACUACAGAUCACUAACUCCGCAUUGCAGGAUAUUUAUAAAGCAUUGGACUCAAGGCCAUUAUUAUUGCCACCACAAUAGCUUACUAACUAGCCAGGAAAUAUUCUUUAGUCCUGAACUUUGUCCGGGGCUAAAGUAAACUCAGUAAACUCAAGUGUACAUCCACUGACACGCCGGGAGGUACACGAAGCUCUCAGAGGAGAAUUUUAACAAGUUAUAAUCGAAAAACCACGCAGUGUAGACCACGUAUGGUUGUCUAAAGUUAAAUAUGUGAGUUUACAUGCAGGGAGCUUGGGUAUAAUGUGCAGAAUAUUUUUUUAUGUUGUUGUUGUUAUAGAUUCAGCUACUUGGAACAAGUUCCAAGUAGCACGGGCUAUGGUGAGCCCGUAACUUACCUGGCACAGGAGCGGGGUAAGUAGCACGAGCUAUGGUGAGCCCGUAGUGGACUUACCUGGCACAGGAGCUGUGCUGUCCCAUAUUGUUUUAAUAAUUACCCCUUUAUAUAUCAAGGUCCUUCCCCCAAGGCCCAACAUACUGACCCUCCACAGGGUGUAUGGUCUCUCGAAUUGAAUGUAUAUUCUUAUAAGGAACACCAAAGCCUAUAAAGUUUCCAAAUAUUCUUGACGGACUUAUUAUAUCAUAAUUUGUGGCUUCGAGGGCUCGCCCGUGGAACGACUUAAGCUGAUGAAGGGGUGGGUGAAGCAAAUUACAUUUUUUGUAUACUUGGAAACGUAAUAAAAGGUGAAGCCAAGGGGAAGGCUUUAGUAAAAAAAUUAAAAAUAAAUCGCUUGAUUUGAUGUCCGAGGAGAAUCUCCUGGCCCCUUAUUUUACAUUUCAGAGUUUAUACAGAUGAUUUAUUUAAAUUGUAUAGCAGCUAUGUUGACCAGACCACACACUAGAAAUUGAAGGAACGACGACGUUUCGGUCCGUCCUGGACCAUUCUCAAGUCAAUCGACUUGAGAAUGGUCCAGGACGGACCGAAACGUCGUCGUUCCUUCAAUUUCUAGUGUGUGGUCUGGUCAACAUACUUCAGCCACGUUAUUGUGACUCAUCGCCUGCAUAUAGCAGCUAUGUUGAUGAGCUAACAAAGGUUUAUAUAUAUAUAUCAGCUAUGUUGAUGAGCUAACUAAGGUGUAUAUAUAUAUAGCAGCAAUAUGUUUGUGUAUUUCUCAUUUUUUAUUAAAAAAAUUGUGCUCUGCAUAUUGCAGUGUGCGUUGUAUAAUAUAUUUGGUGCAUAUUGUGCACGAUACGUAUUACAGUCAUUUUUAUUAUAUAUUCAUAUGUUGAAAUGCAUAAUAAAUUUAUAAAAAUAA